UACAACCACCGUCCGUCGUCUACCAAACAAUAAUUUCAAUUUUCUCUCUCUUUCUCACAAACCCAAUAAUAAAAAUAUGAAAAAAACAUCCACAUUUCAUCUCUCCCUUUCCUUUCUUCUCUUCUUCAUCACACUCUCCUCCGCCGCCAGUGGCCGGAAACUGCUCAAUUUUCCAGACAUGUCUUGGGGACCCAGCGGGGGAAAUAAUAAUGGGGGAGGGAAUCCCAAUGGGAACUAUGGCUCUGCCCAUGGUCCUAAUUGGGACUACAAUUGGGGUUGGGGUUCGAGCCCCGGGAGUGGCUGGGGUUUCGGAUCGGGCUCCGGCCGCUCCCCGACCGGUUUUGGGAAAGGUUAUGGAUAUGGGUUCGGGUCGGGGUCGGGGUCGGGAUCGGGAUAUGGCUACGGAAGUGGGAGUGGUGGUGCUCGUGGUGGUGGAUAUGGAUYCGGAAGUGGCUACGGUAAUUCUKGUGGAGGCGGUACCGGUGGCGGAUACRGUGGUCCAGGUGGUGGCGGAUAUGGUGGUUCAGGUGGCAACGAGUAUCGUUCGUCAACCGUUACGAAAGACGGCAGAAGCAAACAUGGGUAGAAAAAUAUAUAAGCUAUAAUAUAUGCUAYGAAACUAUAGCUUAUAUAUGUUGAGAAAAUGUGAGAAUGUAAGGUUAGCCCUAGCAAGCUCUAAUAUCUCUAUAUAGUAUAGUUUGUAAGGUGUGCUUAAAGUUUGUCAUAUAUGAAGCAGCCUCUUAAUAAUGUUA